AUGUUUUCAGGGUUUCAAAGCUCCACAAGCAUCACCCGCCUUGUGCUGGGAGCGCCCCCAAGGUCCAGAAAGCAUUGCGCCAUCCUCGCUCUGCCUUUCCUUUUCCCGACAGUCAGGGAUGGAAAGCACAUAGCAGUUGAAGCUGUGGCAGAGCUUCUGUGUCAUUCCUCGUGGCCUGUAAGAUGGGCAGCAGCAGCCACCCUUAUUCAGCUUGACCCAGGCAAACUGCCGAGCUUUGGAUCGUGCCAAAGCAGCCAAAACAUGAGAAGCCACCAGCCGCUUUCACCGGUUCCACCUUUCCGCGUUGCCAUCCAAAACGCCGUGAAACUGCAAGCGCAGGGCGACCAACGCUUUGUCCGAGAUGUUGCGAAGCACCUUAGCAGUAUGGAUCUGACAGGUCAGAAGUGCCAGACGCUUUGCAGUCAAGCGCUGCUUGUGGCCAGCAAGCUCCAGGAAAAGAAGAGGGGCAGAGACUCCGAACAGAGCAGAAAUGCCAGGAGCUCAAGCCAAGCGCGCCAUAAGCGUGACAAGUUUCAAAAGCUGGCGCCGUCUUCGCUCGUACUGGACUUGACCUCAUAAGCAUGUAAGUACAGCGGUUGGCGCAGAAGUUGUCGGACACGGGUCGGCUAUGCUACUAGUCAUCACGCUUUGCCCCCCUUGAGAAACCCAGAAGAGGCCUCCAAGACAUGAUCAUGUGAGACGCGGCAUCGAGAACCCUUGGAAAUUGUCGACAAGUCCUUCCGCACUGGGGCCGCAUCCCACCAGAGUUUUCGCACAGGCACCUCGAGCAUAGGGUGCGUUUAAGAUCUUUAAGAUCUUGAUACGCGGACCUCUUGGGAAUGUUACAAAGACUGCCACAUUUUUUCUCAAAAGG